AUGCUGGCCCCCCUCGCCUUCCUCCUGGGGCUGUCGCUCGCCCUCGCCGCCGAGCCCCCCAGCUGCGCCCCGCUCGUCCCGGUCACCUUCGACAAUGCCACCAUCCCUCGGCUCCUGGGACACUGGAUCUACAUCGCCGGCUCCUCCAAGUACCCUCCUCACCUAGAGGAGCUGAAAGCGCUGAAACAUGCGACUUUUUCCAUAUUUCCUGGCAGCCAUGAGGACGAGCUCAAUGUCACCGAAAUCAUGAGAAUGAACGAGACAUGCGUGGUGAGGAACACCAGCCAGAUCCACAUCUUUUGGCAAAACUCCACCCUGACACACGUCGAUAACCAGGUGACUUCCACGGCCGUCAUGAUCCAAAGCGACAAGGACCUGCUGAUCCUACAGCACUUGAACGCCAACUUCCCCGGUCUGAGCCUCUCAGCACGGACGCCCAACGUGAGCAAGGAGCACCUGGAGGAGUUCCAAGCCCAACUGCACUGCCUGGGCUUCACUGAGGACGAGACGUUCUUCACUUCUGAAAAGGACGCCUGUCCCCUGCCCGAGGAGAAGACAGACAAAGACAACGCGGAUCCGCAGCUGGGGUAA